CCCUAAGUAUGGCGCGUUUAAUAUUUUAUUUUUAGGCUUCACUAAUUUUACGUAGUUUUCGAAUCUCACCAAUGGAAAAAAAUAAAAAGACGAGCUUCAGAACUCAAAGUAUUAAAAGAUUUUUAUCGCCGCAGCCUUCAAAUAUUCCGUGUAAAAAGCCCCGCAAGGCGAGUGUUAAGAUUGGCCCCAAAAGCAAGGUGCGCGGAGCUUGUCUCGUUGCGCAGAAUGAUGAAAAUUUUGACGAAAUGGGCGAGAGGAAAACUGACAGCAAUAAUGGUGUUGCGGGUCAAAAUGAGCCCCACGAUUCCAGCACCACUUGCGCAUCAGAGCACAAAUUCGAUUGGAAUAGCUUUGUGCGGGAUCCUGGGGAGCUUAGCGAAGCACGUUAUCCUGUCACAUUAAAUACCUUUAAAACAAUGACAUACAGUAUUAAUGUCGCCCAACGCAUACUUGAGGACAUUAAAAAUGCUACCGGCCUCGACUUCUUGAGCGAUCAAUUUAUGGUAGACAGAGUUUUGAAAAAUUAUUACAAAUAUUUUUAUGAGCAACCACAAAUUCGUGAUAUGUAUAAGCUGGAGACAAAAGCGUGCCCGGUGUUUGUAAAAAAGAAAAUAAUGCAGAUACCAAAAUUAGAUGGAAAGGGGGGAGUUGCAAGUACAGUAGAAGCAGAGAAUUCUGAUGAUACCAAUAAAUCAAUCCAAGUCCAGCCAGCUGAGCACGUAGGUCAAGUGGUCAAACCAAAGAAAUUCGAGCUGGUGGAAGCACAAUCCACGAAAACGCAAGCAAACAGCCUAUCACCACAAAGUACAAGUCCAUUCAGAACCAUAAAUCGUAGGAAUAUAAUAUUCAUUGCGAAAAGAACAGAUCUUGCUGAAUCAAAUUUAUUACUCAACCAUAUUAGGCGUCAUGUCCAAGAUGUUGAAAAACAACAAGAGAUAUUGGAAAGAAUUAAAAUUGACGUUUUUCGACAAACGAAACAAACUCAACAUAAUCUAUCAGAUCAUAAUGUGGAAGAAAAAAUGUGUUUGGAUGAGUCUGAGGAAGAGUUGUCUAACAUUACUGUAAGCUCUCCAAACACAACCACUUUAAACUUGGCAAGGCAGCGCAUUCAAGACGCCAAAGAAUUAUUUUUUCGUGAAUACGAUAAGUCAAAUACACUUGCAUAUGCAUUACGUUUCCACCAAGGCCUCAAGCGUCGCAUAAUUGAAGUUAUUCUUAAAAUGACCUUCGAAGAAUUCAAGGAAUAUACAAGAAUACACAAUGCACCAGAAAUUUAUGAUGAUGAUGAAUUUCUGGGCGGAUUUUAUGAUUAUGCAAUUAAGGAGCCACAAAUAUGGCCUAUAAAUCUUUAUAUGCCGUUAAGCGCCCUAUUUGAGUUUCUCAAAUUAAAAGGUAUUACACUUUCUGAUUAUAGUUUAGAAGAUGUUACGCCAAUGCUUUUGCAUUGGAGUGAACUGGCCUGUACUACUAAUUUUGAUAACGUUAUGCGUUGGGAUUACUAUCGUUGUAAGGGUGAACAUUUAAAAGAAAAUGAAACUCUGGAUGGGUACCGUAAAUUAUUUUAUGAAAAAUGUUGGUUGCACAAUAUUUGGGUGCGGAAGUCACCAAAAGUGCAAAUAAAAAAGCAGGCCAGAGAAAUACUAGAAAAAGAAGUUGAGAGGGAAAUGGCAAAAGAAGUAGCCAGUCAGGUUGAGAAGGAAGCUAGCGCGGCUGAGGUGAGCAAUAAUGACGAAGUUGGAGAAAAAGCAGCAGUUAGCAAUAAUGAUAGCGCAAAAGUGCAGAAAGUUUUAGCAGCCAUUGAAACAGUAGCCGAAGGUGCGAUUCAGUUAGGUACUGGCAAUGUUGAGCCCCCGCAGCCCAUGAAUGUAGAGAAUUUUGGACACAUAGAUGAGGGGAACGCCGAUACGGAAAUGCAAGAUCUUGGAGAUAAACGGGAAACGCAUCAAGUAAACAAUGAUAAAGAGCACCAAGCAAUAUCGAUUGAAGAAAUUGAAGUCAUUAAGCAGGAAAGAAGUUGCGUAGUAAAAGAGUCUGCAAGAACAGAAACUGCAAUAGCGGCAUUGGAAGAAGAAACAGUCUCAGACCAAACUAUUGUAAUGGCCAAUGGAGCCACGACCGCACAGCCAUGCGUUACUGAUGCUGAAAAUUUAACAUUGACGGCGACACAGGGAGUUUUAGGUCAGCAUAUGAAUAGUGCGGAGCAAGCACGCUUACAGCAAGCAAUAGAUCUGUAUUUUGCAAAAGUUGAGAAUUCAUGUACGCUUCCUUAUCUCCUACACUAUCACAGUGGUCCAAAACGCAGAGUAAUUGCCAGUAUUCUAAAUAUGUCUUUCCCAGAGUUCAAACAAUAUACGCGUAUAUACGAAGCAGCAGAGAUUUAUGAAAAUGUAGAACUAUUAAAGCGUUGCUAUGAGCACACAAUAAAAUCACCUCAAGUGUGGCCCAUUAAUCUUUAUAUGCGUAUAUCAGAUGUCUUUCAGUACCUUAAAUCAAAGGACGUUGCACUGCCUGAAAUCGGUUUAAAGUAUAUUUCACCGAAAUUAUUCCAUUGGCGAAAUUUAAUUGCGACAACAAAUUAUGAUCAUAUAGUCAUUUGGGACUACUAUCGAAGUACUGGUAAAAAAUUCAAUCGAAGUAAUACUUUUCUUGAUCCAUAUCGACAGUCAUUUUAUAAGAAGUGUUGGUUCCAUGACAAAUGGAUAUGGUAUACGCCGAAUAUUUUAACUAAAGUAAUGAGAUGCAUAAUGAACGAGCAAAGCAUGCCGCCAGAAAAUAAUGAAAGUUCUAUUUUUGAAAGAUCAGUUGGGUUGCACGCCGUAGAGCAGGUACAGGAAACCAGCACAACUAAUGUGACUACCGAAGUUGUAGGCAGAGGUGAUGAACAAGCUGUGGCUUCGGAUUGCAAGAUGCCUAGAACUGUUGAGACGGGAAUUCAAACCUCACAGAAACUUCUUGGAGAAUAUUUAAAUUUGGGAUUGCAAGCAACUACCCGCAACGAGCCCGUAAACUUUGAAAAUCCCGCAACUACUUUUCUGCCAUGCGAAAUCAUCAAACAAGAAAAACUUGUGCCUCUCAACAAAUUGCAAUUUAAUCUAACUGAGGAUGAGGAAAAUUACGAAUGUGUGCAAGCGCCAGAUGAGAUAGUUCUUUUAGACACUACUGCUGCUUCAAGCCAGUCACAAGACAUAACGUUACAAGCUCCACUAUCGAAUUCCGAAAAUUUGGUUACACAUGAUGUCAAUGUGUUAUUCUCGAGCGGCUCCAUGGAUAUAAGUAAUUUAUGCAACUGGCCGCUAGCACCUACAGAUAGUCAAAGUCAAAAAUCGAAUGAAUUUAACACACUUCAGAACCGAACGGAAUUUAGCGAAAAUAUUGAUCAACAAAGCACUGCUGCUACAACAACAACACAACAUCAACAAAGCGAACAAGAGCAGCAGAAAGAAAGGUCACUGUCGCAAGAGCAUUGCUUGGAGGAAGUACAAACGCAGCAACAAGAGCAAACGCAGCAAAAAGAGCCAGCGCAUCAAAUUAUACAACAAUCUUCACAAAAAUUGCAAACAAAGCAACAAGCAGACCGGAUUUCGAUACAAGAAGUGCAAAUACUAUCGGGGCCACAACAAAUCUGGAAAGAUAUUGCAAAAACAAAUAAGCAAGCGAAUGCGCCUUUUGAAAUACAAAUUUCACGAUUGAAGGAGAAUCAAGCAAAAGUUCAGCAACAGGCAGACGUAAAUCUAAAGCAUUCGAAGCAUCAGCAGGCGUUACAACAACAGCAAGAACCUCCAUUAAUGCGUGUAAAGCAAGAGAGCGCGAAGACUUCAAAGCAACAAAAGCACACUGAUGCUCCAAUUGCUGUAACCCGAAUCAUUCAAGACACCAAGAAGCACCUUCAGGAAAAUCCACAAUUCGUGGAUGUUACUGAUUUACAAAUUUCCAAUAGUCAAAGUCAUCCAUCAACUAAUGAACGGCCCAGCUCGUCCCUGCAAGCACAAGUUUGGCGAAGAGAGGAGCAAAAACAAGGGACCAACCAACGAUUAGAAACACCAAUUCAGCAACAGCGAUGUAGAGACGAAGGAGAAAGCUAUCAGAAGACUCAGCAAGGGUCGCAAGGAGAAUCUCAAAUACCGCAGUUAGACAAAAGUGUAGAGCGACCGCAAGAGCAACAGAGACAAGUGCAAACUCUAGCAAAGGAACAACUAUCGCCAGUGCACCAACAAUCAUCAAACACACAGCCACAACAACAGCUAGCACAAGUUUGCGUGGAGCAACCAAUAAAGCAAGAACAAGAAAUUGAAGCACAACUGGAAGCUAUAUUUGGCGAAAGCACGGAAAUGCGGCUGCAAGAAGUUCAACCAACUGUGACGCCUCAGAUUAAAGAGACGCCAAUCAAAUUACAGUUUCAAGAGCCGCCAACUCAAUCCACCCAUGCAAUAAUCGAAUGCCAACUAGCGCAAGAACAAGCAUUGCAGGCACAUGUGAAUUGCAAUGAUUCGACAGAAGCUUAUACUAAAGUCGAGAUCAUUUCACAACAUGUGCAAUCGCAGCAACAGCAACAGGAACAGCAACCACAACUCGCCAAAACCCAAUUAAUACUGCAACGUACACACACUCAAGUGGAAGAACAGCUUAUGCUUCGAUCUUGCAGUUUGCCACAAGAGAUGGCAAUACCUGUGCAACCUCUAACCAAAUUAUCUCGGCAACGCACAGCAACAUCUACGUGCACUACAAAAACUAAAACUGUUAAAACUACAAAGGCCGCUGCUACACGAAGGGCAGUCACAAAACAAAGUGAUUUUGUACCACAAAUCACACAUAAUUUUCAACCGCUACCUAUAGCUUUGAACACAAAAAAACUGUCAACAUAUUCUGCACCAUCCAGCGUUAUCCGCUUUCCAACCGCAAGCAAUCAAACCCCAAAUAAUUUGCCAACAAAUAUAUCAACGCCAGUUCCGGGCGAACAAGUUAUUGCUGGAAAUACUAGUACUGUCGCUCUCUCUGCACCGAAUUCCAAUAUGUUGGUGUUAUCGCUACCAGCAUCUAUGCCUUCCUCAAGUUCCAACAGUAGUUCAAAUGCAUCAUUUAUCUACACGCUAAGUGGUGAUAGUACGUUUUUUAAUAGCUCUGAGUUGUUGAGGGCGAUUGAGCAUUAUCAGCUGCAGCGUAGCCAGCAACAACAGCAGCAACUACACUUACAGCAGCAGCAGCAGCAGCAGCAGCAGCAACAGCAACAGCAUCUACUACAGCCACAACAUUCACAAUUAGUUUUUGGGCAGUCACAAAUGGUUCAACUGCCACAUCCACAUAUUGAACAGCUGCAGGUGCAGCAUCCACAACAGCAACAGAGUGAAGUGUUUCUCCAUCAGCAUAUGGAACAAAAGCAACAGCAACAUAUUCAUAUAUCACAACCUUUAAUGACAGAGCACAGAUCGCAACAGCAACAGCAAAAGCAACAACAACUACAACAGCAUUUGCAGAUUUCACAUCCAUUGGCGAUCGAAUGCAGCCCACAACAACAACCGCAGCAACAUCAGCAACAACAGUUUCAAGUGGUGCCCCCGCCUCAGCCGCUUAUAUAUCAAUUAUUAGAUGUGACACAGGUAAACACUUCUACUACCACACAGCUAGAGGAUUGUAAUGCCCUUACGGCAGAAUAUCAAAUUAACCCAGAUUCCAUAUAAAAAGCGAUGCUGCUAUAGUUAUUAAAAUCUCUGGUUGCAAACAGUAGCCGUCUUAGUUGAGAUCAGUAGAACUGCACAUUCACAUGAAAUUCCUUUUUUUGUGAGGUUUGGGUUUAAUGGCCGGGAUAUUGAAAUCCACACAAUGCCAGGUUGAAUCUCCAUGAAUGUUGUAGUAUUUGGAUUUUAUAAAUGUGGCACUUGCUGUGUGUCAAGUAUUGACAACCACUUUGACAACUUUGGUUAAUGGAUGCAAUUAGAGAUAUUUUGUUAUUAUCACUUACCUCAAAUUUCAUUUCUGUGAGUAUGUCAUCUACAUCAUCUUUAGAAAAAAUUGCACCAGCUAAUGGUGUGAGCACGAUGAAGUCCUUGGUAAUCAGGGCUACAAACCACUCUAAAAAACGGGGCGGUUUGGUUCAAUGGUUCGAACCAAUUAGAAAAGCUUGUACCGCUUCAAGAACCGGUUCAUGAAUAUUUCUGAACGGUGGUUUUGUUCGGUUCAAAUGGUUCAAUUUUUUGAAUGUCAAAGGAUGCAAAUACUACAAAAAUAUCAUAAAUCUACGUAUAUACAUAUAUAAAAAUAAAAGCCUUUUUUUCAGAUCAAAUUCACCUAUCCACAUGUAUAGUGGUGUAAAUUUUAUGUUUAUUGUUUUAAGUAUAAUUUGUGCAAAAAAUUUUG